AUGAGCUCAACAAAUUUCGCCGCUGCACAGGAGCGGGUUCUUGAGCGGAGGCGCCUCCGUGAGGCGGAAGCGCGUGCUCGACGUGCGGAACAGCAGCGGGCGUCCCCGAUCAACCCGGCCACUGUCCAGCGUCUCCCAUAUCCAUUGAAUCGUGUCCCAGGAGCGGGGUGGUCGCUAUGGAACUCCAUCAAGGGGCGAGAUGGGACGCGCCCGGCGUUUCGGGUGGGCCAAGUUGAUGCCGAGCUACUGGACGAGGAGCUGCUGGGCCUGAUGAAAAACCAGGUUGGGGAUGCUCUCAAAUACUUUGGGCCUCAAAUGAGGGAGGACUGGUCACAUGAAAUCCUAUUCGCACUACGAGCGAUCCUAUUCAAACUCUCGAUCUGGGACCACAAUGCGUCAUAUGGAGCGGCCUUGCAGGGCCUCCGAUAUACUGAUAGCCGGAGCAAGGGCCCCGUUCACUCUGCCCCCACCAAAUUGCAGAAGACAAUGUAUGGCUUGCUGACGGUCGGUGGGCGAUAUGCGUGGGACAAGUGGGAGAGCUGGCUUGUUGGACAAGAGGGUGGCUAUGAAGAGCCAUCACAGGAAGUUCGGAUGUUCUCCCGUAUCACAGACCUUGUUUCCACGACACACUCGGUCGCAGCCUUUGUUUCUUUCCUCGUGUUCCUAGUGAACGGUCGCUAUCGUACUCUCGUCGAUCGAAUCCUCCGCAUCCGCCUCACACCACCAUCAGCUCAGGCCAGCCGGGAAGUCUCCUUUGAAUAUCUAAACCGACAGCUGGUCUGGCAUGCUUUCACCGAGUUCCUCCUUUUCCUUCUUCCUCUGGUUGGUAUCAGCCGUUGGAAGCGAUGGAUCUCACGCGCAUGGCGGAAGACCGUCAAAGCACUCAAGUCGAGCGGGGACGACGAUGAGGUGACCGAGAAGCAGGGAGAGCUCGCCUUCCUCCCGGAACGGACAUGUGCAAUCUGCUAUCGGGAUCAGAAUCCGGCUGCGACGACCGAAACCGAUGUACUUGCGGCAUCGGCGGGAGCGGGUGGAAUAUCGGGAUCUGCUCAGACAGAUAUCACCAACCCAUAUGAGACCAUCCCCUGUGGCUGUGUCUACUGUUUCGUCUGUAUUGUACAGAAGCUAGAGGGAGAAGAAGGCCAGGGCUGGGUCUGUCUCCGAUGUGGUGAGGUUGUCAAGAAGUGUCAGCCAUGGAAUGGCGACGUUCUCGAAGAGGCGCGUUCGCAGCCCGGCACAGGCAAGAUUGUUGGGUUUGCCAUAGAUGAAGAGCCACAUGAUGACGCCCAGGACGCGGAAAACCCCCAGGAACAAACUGGCAAGUCCAGUCCCUUGGAGGAAAUCACUGCCGAUAAGGCCUUGCAGCACAACCAGUGGUCUACGGACGAAAAGGAACCCGAAGAGGACGAACCUACGACCGAAGCCAAUGGGUUUGCCGACCACCAUGAAAAAUCAUAG